UCACCUGAGGGCGCCAAAAUCCUUAAAAUCAAGAUCUAGUAGCUGUGGGAAAAAGCACUGAACUGCUUUUGCAUCUCCAGCUUAGUAAGACUCCAAAGCGUUUGAUUCUUACUGUUGUUAUGCCGAAGCAGAAUGUGCCAUUGUGACGCACUGAUGAGGAAAUACUUAAAGCUAUCUUUGAAUAGGAAUUCAUCUGUAAUUAAGGCAUAGAUAGGAUGGCACUGAAAUAUGACCUUCAACUAAUGUGUUUUUCAUGAAGAGGAUCUGGAAGUAAUGAAGCCUUUAAUAGCAGAGCAGAAUUCGGACAGUGAAGAUGAGAAUGAAAAUGAAUUGCUGCCGCCAGAGAAGAAGUAUCAGCUCGAUAACCAGGACAGCAUUUCGUUUGUACAGACACUCACUCAUCUCCUCAAAGGAAACGUUGGAACUGGACUUCUAGGCCUCCCGCUUGCAAUAAAAAAUGCAGGCCUUCUGCUCGGGCCAUUCAGCCUUUUGUUCAUUGGGAUUGUAUCCAUCCACUGCAUGCACAUUUUGGUGCGAUGCAGCCAUUACCUAUCCCAAAGAUUGAAAAAAACUACCUUAGGGUACAGCGACACAGUAAGCUAUGCGAUGGAAGUGGGUCCCUUUAAUGUAUUGCAGAAACGAGCUUCUUGGGGAAGAUACGUUGUGGACUUCUUCCUUGUGAUUACACAGCUGGGGUUCUGCAGCGUUUAUAUCGUGUUCUUGGCAGAAAACGUGAAACAAGUUCACGAAGGGAUUCUUGGAAAUAAAUCUGGUGUGAACACCACAGGAGUCAGUGGCCCCUCAGACAAAAUGACUACUGAUCUGCGAAUAUAUAUGCUGUGUUUCCUCCCUUUCACUGUCCUCUUGGUCUUCAUCCGCGAUCUUCGGAGUCUGUCUGUGCUCUCACUCCUCGCAAACAUAGCCAUGGCCAUCAGUCUUGUAAUCAUUUAUCAAUAUGUUAUCCAGGGUUUAUCCAUUCCUCGAAAACUGCCUCUAGUGGCAGACUGGAAGAGGUACCCGCUUUUCUUUGGCACGGCUGUCUUCGCUUUUGAAGGAAUAGGAGUGGUCCUUCCCCUCCAGAAUAGGAUGAAAGAAGUCGACCGCUUCCCCUUGGCCCUCAACAUUGGCAUGGCGAUUGUGAUGACCUUGUACGUCUCGUUGGCCACACUGGGGUAUAUGUGCUUUGGGGACGAAAUCAAAGGCAGCAUCACUCUGAACCUGCCGCAUGCAUGGUUGUACCAUAUGGUCAAGAUUCUCUACUCUUUUGGGAUUUUCAUUACCUAUUCGAUUCAGUUCUACGUUCCGGCUGAGAUCCUCAUUCCGGCCGUUGCUUCCCGAGUGCAGCAGAAGCUGAAGCUGUUCUGCGAGAUGGCGGUCAGGGUGCUCUUGGUCUGCUCAACCUGCAUUCUGGCUGUUUCAGUCCCUCGCCUGGACAUCGUCAUCUCUCUCGUCGGAGCCAUCAGCAGCAGCACGUUAGCCUUGAUCCUGCCGCCGCUGGUCGAAAUCCUCACGUUUUACAAGGAGAAGCAAAGUCUGUGGAUGCUUCUGAAAGACGUCUGCAUUGCCUCCAUGGGCGUGAUUGGCUUCGUAACCGGAACGUACGUGGCCGUGAAAGAGAUAGUUUGUCCGGCUUCUUUCUUUUCUCUCAACACUACAGAGCCGUCUCCGGGCUCUUUCAAUGUUUCGCACUUAGCCGGAACGCCGGUUAACCUUGGAAAAGUAUGAACUUUCCGGAACUCCUUGUUCCAGACUUCUUUGAGAACCAAAAAUUCUGAAUGGGAAGGUUUAGAGAUGGGAGCCUAUCAAGUGCAUUUCUGAGAACCUAAAGCCACUCCUGUUCCAACAUUCAAGUUGUUCGGGCCCAAGGUCUUUGCAUUCCUUCCUUUUCCAUAUGACCUCGUGAAGAGCACGAUUUCAAAGCAUUAUGGCUUUCCACAUAUUUAUUUGCAAAUGGGACCAGAGAGCAAAACACUAUUCUGACACCAUGUUUGGCCGAUACAAACCAACGACUUUCCCGUUCAUGUCUUGUUUAGCCACACUCGGCCUGUCUAAGAUCUCCGCCGUCGCAAGCCCCACAGCAGUUGAGAGAAUACAGAUGUGCUUUUAAAAUGUGAAUUGUGUUAGGUUGGUUAUGGGGCUUAGCCACAGGCACCACCCAGUAGAUUCUGCUCCACCUGGGACCAGGUUUUGAGCUAGCUCCUCCGCUGCAGUUUCCUUCCCCUUGCAGGUCACUGCCCAUGAAAUGAAGUGUAACUAAAUGAACAGGUUCCAUAGCACGGGGUAAAGAGAGACCAAAUGUGUCAAAAUUGUGUCUUCGAUUGCAGCGAUGAGGAUAUUAAAACCUGUUUAUGCAAAGCAACAAAAAUAACCUCUGCCGCGAUGAGAUUUUGCACGUGCAAUGUCUGCUUAGUUAUUUUUUGUGGAGCAGAACCACGAUUAUGAGUACCCAUGCAAGCUUGUUUUAAAUGGUUUUUUCUCUCUCUCUCCGUCGUAACUUGAUUUUGACUCUACAAACUUGCAAGCUCCUGUAUAUUUUUCUAUUUUAUUCCUAACACUAUGGAGCAAUUCCUCUAUUUUGUACUUGAGCGGUGUACGUUGCGAAGGAGAUAUUUCUCCAGUAUUCUACUUUAAGCAAAAAAAUAACAGUAACAUAACAUGCUGCAUGGAGUUCACGAGGUUCCCACCCACUUCUGCUUUGAGGAAACAAAUUUUGAUUG